AUGGACUGUUGUGAAUAUGUUAAUGAAAAUUCCACUACUAGUGAUGAGGAAAAUGAACUUCAUAUUAUAUUGGUUUUAGGUGCAAAGUUUCAGACAUGGGAAGUACUAGAAGUAACUUCAAGAAGGUGUGGACGUCCUCCAAAUCAAUAUCUGAGUGAAGGUAAAACUGCAAGUAAAAAUAAGAAGCAAAAAAUAACUAUUGAUUUGGAGUUACAAUGUAUUUCAGAAAAUAAUAAUAAUGGAAAUAACAAGAAAGUCAUGAUUUAUGUGUAA